AUGCUCUACGCACAUUUGGUGAUCCGGCGGAAGCCGCUCUAUUAUGUCGUCAAUCUCGUGAUUCCAACGUCGAUCAUCACUGUUGUGGCUAUUACUGGCUUCUUCACACCUACAUCGACUUCCAGCGAACGUGAUGAAAAAUUGUUAGAUUCUGAAACCCCACUCGGGCAAGUGCUACUUUACACAUAA